AUGGGCGAGCAGUGGCAGCGGGCUUUGGCGCUGCUCACCGAGAUGUCCGAGGCGAAGCUGGAUCCCAACGCCUUCAGCUACAGUGCUGGGAUCAGCGCGUGCGACAAGGGCCAGCAGUGGCAGCUGGCUUUGACGCUUCUGAGCGAGAUGUGGGGCGCGAAGUUGGGGUCCGAUGUCGUUAGCCGCAACGCUGGGAUCAGCGCGUGCGGCAAGUGCGGACAGUGGCAGCGGGCGCUGGCGUUACUUAGCGAGAUGCUGGAGGCGAAGCUGGCGCCCGACUCAGCUACAGCGCCGGGAUCAGCGCGUGCGACGUUGGCGGGCAGUGGCAGCGGGCGAUGGCGCUGCUCACCGACAUGCGGGCGGCCAAGCUGGAGCCCAGCGCCAUCUCAGCUACAGCUCUGGGCUCGGCGCGUGUGA